AAGCCCUUAGGAUCUUUUGCAGAGACUAAGUCCCAGCUUGUAGAGACUUGAGACUUGGAGUAGUGCAGCGGAAGUUGAGGCAGUAUUUUGUGAUAAUAGAUCUUGAGAAGAUCUUUCCGACGCAACAAGAAUCGCUUCAAUCGGAGCAAGAACGCGAAAGCUAUGAAGAUUCAAAGUUCAUGAGCUUGCGUUACAAUUGCCGGCGGUUACUAAGUGAAGUUGUGGGGUGGACUUUAUAUGGAGUUGGGACCUUUGGGGUUGGGGAAACUUGUCACUCUACUGUAACAGCUGCAAUUGGUUGGGAACAACCAAGCUAGGUUGGCAAGGGUGGCCAACUUGGAUGGAUUGGUUGGGAAGGGACAAAUGUCAAAGAGAAGAUGAAUGAGAGAGGAGGAGAUGCUAAUGGAAGAGGAGCUGUACCUGAGAAGACAAGUGAGCCGCCGCCAUCAAAAGUUGAAGCUUUGGAUGGCUCCAACUAUGAGGAAUGGAGCGGACGGAUGAGGGACCCAACACUCUCCUGAUGGUGAUCGUGCUCGAGAAGGAACUUGCUGCCAUCUCCAUGCAACCAGGGGACGAUGUGAAGCCGGCGGUGCUGCCACUAAGACUGCUGAGGGGUAUGGAGCUGCAGGGCGCAGCAGAGGAAGAGGGGGUUGGAGAGGCCGAGGCCGUGGGAGGAGCUUUGGCAGAGGUAGAGGCCGAGGAGAAGCCGACAGUUGUGUUUUGUGACAAUGAGUCCGCUGUGAAGCUCGCCAAGAAUGCUUGUCUGCAUGGGCUGACAAAACACAUAAGGCCUAAGUGGCAUUGGGCGGUGAACGACACGAUUCCGUCGCUGUCGGCAGUACCGCGGUCGGGGACGAAGUCCAACACGAAGACGCCGGACUUCAGGAGAGCACGACCGAUGAAGAGACCGCCCUUCCCGUGGUUCCGCAGGAGAACUGUGUACGCCAGCAGCGACUGAUAAGUAAAUAUUUCUUGCUCCUUUGCAGUGCCGUUGCUUGGGAAUGGCAGGGACCCGUUGAAGUAUCCCAAGAGAUGCGCAGCCUCCAUCAGCAGCU